AUGUUGCGCUCAACACUCGUCCUGUUGGCUUCGUUCGGAACUGGACUCGUCCAGUCUGCCCUCACUUUGGACGAUCUGUAUCUUGAGAAUGCUCCUACCUCUCCGCGUCCCUACGUCAUUCCGCACUAUGCCAACUCGCAUGCCGUUACAAUCGGCACCCAGCUGUAUCGGUUUACCGUGACCGGCCCCUCGUCCGACUAUGCGUUCACGCUGAUGAGCACCAAUGCCCCGUCCAGCGCAGCGUUGGGUGUACUCCCACAUAUCCACGAAGAGCACUACGAGAACUUCUUCGCUAUGAAGGGUCGCUUUCAGCUAUGGGCCGAGAAGGAUGGCAACGAGCAGCAGGCUCGUCUGCUCACUCAAGGCGACUACGGCUCCGUGACCAGGAACACAACACACACCUUCCAGAUCCUGGACCCGGACACCGAGAUGAUCGGCGUCAUUGUCCCCGGUGGAUUCGAGGAUCUCUUCUACUACCUCGGCACAAACUACACCUCUGGCACAGACACGCCCUAUGUCCCCGCAAUCUCCAACUCGAGCUCGUCCUCCUCAACCCCCACUGCCAGCAUGAUGAGCACCCUCGAGUCCUACGACGUGUACGCCCAAACCUCCUUCGAGCCCCGCUACGAUCUCGUCAACGGUACCGCCCCGAUCGACAACAGCACCUGGCACACCGGAGCCAAUGCGCUCGGCAGCCCGGGCGACCCUUACUUUGUCGCAAACGGAUACGGACCCAAGUACUUGAAUUCGCAGUACGGAUACCAGGUUAUUCAGCCAUUGGUUACAUCCACACAAGCACAGGAUACAAACUAUACCCUGUCGACCAUUUCGCUUAGUCGGCAAACACAGACCAGCCCGCCAAGCUAUACGCUGGCUGGCGCUGCGGCGUUCGAGGUGCUGGAGGGCUUGCUGUAUAUUACUAUUGGGGAGUAUCCGGUUGCGAUGCUGAGUAUGGGAGAUGUGGCGUUUAUUCCGGCUGGAACGGAGUUCAGUUAUUAUAGCUCUGUUGCGUUCACUAAGGUGCUGUAUGUUAGUAGUGGGGAUAACGGGGUGGAUGCGCAGCUUAUUGAGGGUGGAAAGAGCUGGGAUUUUGUUACUUUCCCCAAGUACUAG